CGUCAUCAACCUGCGCGGCGGCCGCUCCUGCAGCCGCGGCCGCCGCCACCGCCGGGAGCUCGAUGGGCUUCUCCUGCGCGCCGCCCGGUGUCUGGCCGAGUCCAGGGAACCGCGGCGCCUCCUUCCGAGGAGCCAUCGCCGCAGCCGGAGGCCGGGUCCUGGGUUGGGGACUGCAGGGGAAGGCAGCGGCGGGAGCCCCACCGGGGGCCUGGGACUGGGGAACUGCCUCCGGCUUCACGAUGCCAGUAUGGACAGAAUAGCUUAUGAUGCUUAUCCCCACCCACCACUUCCGAGACAUUGAGCGGAAACCAGAAUACCUCCAGCCAGAGAAGUGUGUCCCACCUCCCUACCCUGGUCCUGUGGGAACCAUGUGGUUUAUCCGCGACGGCUGUGGCAUCGCCUGUGCCAUCGUUACCUGGUUUCUGGUCCUCUAUGCAGAGUUUGUGGUCCUCUUUGUCAUGCUGAUUCCAUCUCGAGACUACGUGUAUAGCAUCAUCAACGGAAUUGUGUUCAACCUGCUGGCCUUCUUGGCCCUGGCCUCCCACUGCCGGGCCAUGCUGACGGACCCCGGGGCGGUGCCCAAAGGAAAUGCCACUAAAGAAUUCAUCGAGAGUUUACAGUUGAAGCCCGGGCAGGUGGUGUACAAGUGUCCCAAAUGCUGCAGCAUCAAGCCCGACCGAGCCCACCACUGCAGUGUUUGUAAGCGGUGCAUUCGGAAGAUGGACCACCACUGUCCCUGGGUCAACAACUGUGUCGGCGAGAACAACCAGAAGUACUUCGUCCUGUUUACAAUGUACAUAGCUCUCAUUUCCUUGCACGCCCUCAUCAUGGUGGGAUUCCACUUCCUGCAUUGCUUUGAAGAAGAUUGGACAAAGUGCAGCUCGUUCUCUCCACCCACCACGGUGAUUCUCCUUAUCCUGCUGUGCUUUGAGGGCCUGCUCUUCCUCAUUUUCACAUCAGUGAUGUUUGGGACCCAGGUGCACUCCAUCUGCACAGAUGAGACGGGAAUAGAACAAUUGAAAAAGGAAGAGAGAAGAUGGGCUAAAAAAACAAAAUGGAUGAACAUGAAAGCCGUUUUUGGCCACCCAUUCUCUCUAGGCUGGGCCAGCCCCUUUGCCACGCCAGACCAAGGGAAGGCAGACCCGUACCAGUAUGUGGUCUGAAGGACCCCGACCAGAGUGGCCACUCAGACACAAGCCCACACCACAGCACUACCGUCCCAUUCGUUCUCAUGAAUGUUUAAAUCGAAAAAGCAAAACAACUACUCUUUAAACAUUUUUUAUGUCUCAAGUAAAAUGGCUGAGCAUUUUAGAGAAAAAAAAGUCCCCAUAUUUUAUUUUUUUAAAAUCAUCCUUUUGAUUUUUUUUUUUUUUUUUUUUUUUUUUUUUGGUGACCGAAGCUGCUCUCUUUUUCUUUUAAAAUCACUUCUCUGGCCUCUGGUUUCUCUCUGCUGUCUGUCUGGCAUGACUAAUGUAGAGGGUGCUGUCUCCGGGCUGUGCCCACUUCUACUAACUGAGUGAGACGGGAUGCUGCACAUGGAUGGAAUAGUCGGGAAACCCGGUGGGGGAUGCAAGGGAAAGCCAGGAGGGCCCUGACCUCCCACUGCCCAGGAGGCAGUGGCGGGCUCCCCCAUGGGACUUAAAAGCUCGCUGAAGAUGGAUGCUUCCCCCUUGAGGCCUGAGAAGGGCAGGAUCAGGGUUGGAGGCUUCAGAAGGGACCUUGGCACAGCGACCUCAUCCCCCAGGUGGACACAGUUUGCCUCCUAAUUUGCAAAGCAGUUGCCUGCAUUGUGCUUUAUGGAGUUGGGGUGUGUAGAAUGAUCUUGCAGGGGAGUGGGGAGAGAGAUGAAAGAGAUCUUAUUUGUAUUCCGAAUCAGCAAUUGUAUUCCCUGUGAUUAUUUGUAAGAGUAUGAAGGAAAGAUGUUUUUCCAGUUCAAAAUGCCUUAUACAAUCAAGAGGGGAAAAAAUUACACAAUUUCAGGCAAGCUACGUUUUCCUUUGUUAUAUCUGCUUCCUCUCUUACCACCCCAACCCCCUCCCUUCAAGAUGUCCCAGCAAGAUGUCAAUUAAGCAGUGUUAAUUCUGACUGCAGUAGGCACCAGUGCCCAACACACACAGUCCUACCAUCAUCCCUUUCUUCUGGUUUUAAUAGCCCUCAAAGAGGAUUCACUUUCUGAUAUUUAACCCCCAUAGAUGUGCACGUAUUUUCUCUGUAUUUUAACCUGGGAGACUGUUGUCCUGGCAUGGAGAUGACCAUGAUGCUGGGAAUUCACCUCACAGUCCCCACCCUAUCAAAGUCAACAUGUGGCCAUCCCAUUGGCUGUAGUCCACACAUACACCUAAGUCUGUGGCACUGGGACAGAAUAGAUUUUCCAUUUGAGAGGCACUUACUGUGUGAGUCUUGUUUGAAGAAGGUGGUGAUGGUGGGGAGAGGUGAAGGAGAUAGGAAGUGCCCUCCAAGUACAAAAAUAACAAAUACGAUUAUUGACCAUCUGGGAAUUCGCACACAUUGUUUUUUAAGCAAUUGCCACAAACCGCCUUUUUUAGCUUUUGCUUGGGGUGGGGGUAGGAGAUAAGGUUUAUUCAGUCCUGUCCUGGGUAGGGCGAAAGUUAAUCUAGCCAUGUGAUUUUUCAGAAAAGUAAGUGGAACAUGCUGCCUCUUUUAAAUUCUGUCAGUGCUUCCACAUGGAAACGAAAUGCAAUAAAAUUUUUCCAAAACCUGU